AUGGCUUCAAAAGCGCCUUCGCGGGAGGCUCUGGCGCUGCUCAAGCAAACCAUCCGUCCCUCCAUAGCUGCACGAUCGCAAGCUCACUCCCGCCUGGCAUCCACACCUCGCUCUUCCAUACGCGCAGAGACACACUGCUACCCAACGCGCCAAUCCUCGCGAACUGCAGCAACAUUCACACAUUCACAUCAUGCCGAAGCUGUGUCCAUCCUGCCUACCACUGUGGACACCAACUCUGCCGACUUCAAAGAAAACAAGCGCCAAAUGGAUGAAGCCACGGAAAACCUGGUGAACCUGCAUGCAAAGAUCGCGCAGGGCGGGCCGCAAAAAGCCAGGGACAAGCACGUCCAGAGAGGGAAGAUGUUGGUUCGAGACCGCAUCACAGCUUUAGUGGACCCAGGCACGCCGUUCCUCGAGCUGAGCCAGAUGGCCGGGUACAAGAUGUACGAUGUGGACGACGUGCCUGCGGGCGGGAUCGUAACGGGCAUUGGGACAAUCAACGGCAUUCAGUGCAUCGUUGUUGCAAACGACGCGACGGUCAAGGGCGGCACGUACUAUCCCAUCACGGUCAAGAAGCAUCUACGAGCUCAGCAGAUUGCGCAGGAGAACCGCUUGCCGUGCAUCUACCUCGUCGACUCGGGCGGUGCUAAUCUACCGAAUCAGGCGGAUGUGUUUCCUGAUGCUAAUCACUUCGGUCGCAUCUUUUAUAACCAGGCUCGCAUGUCUGCUAUGGGCAUCCCGCAGAUCAGUGUCGUGAUGGGGCCUUGCACGGCUGGUGGAGCGUAUGUGCCUAGUAUGAGCGACGAGAAUAUCAUUGUUGAGAACCAGGGACAUAUCUUCCUCGCUGGUCCCCCGCUAGUCAAGGCGGCGACAGGCGAGGUUGUCUCAGCAGAAGAUCUCGGCGGUGGCAAGCUUCACAGUGAAGUGUCUGGUGUUACAGAUCACCUCGCAGUCGACGAUGCACAUGCGCUUGUCCUUGCGCGGAGGACAGUAGCCAACCUCAACUGGGAUCGCAACCAACCCGCAGCCGCACCACCGGCCUACAAAGAACCCCUCUACGACCCCAAGGAGCUCUCGGGCAUCGCGGGGACCAAUCUACGCCGGCAGAUCCCCAUCCACGAAAUCAUUGCCCGCAUCGUCGACGGAUCCUCCUUCACCGAGUUCAAGCCCUUGUACGGCAACACUCUAGUCACGGGCUUUGCGAAGAUCUACGGGCAGCCCGUCGGCAUCGUAGCGAAUAACGGCAUCCUGUUUAGCGAAAGUUCACUCAAGGGAGCCCACUUUAUUCAGCUCUGCGGCAAGCGGCAUAUCCCGUUGAUCUUUCUGCAGAACAUCUCUGGGUUUAUGGUUGGGCAGGAUGCAGAAAAGGGUGGUAUCGCGAAGAAUGGUGCGAAGCUUGUCACGGCUGUGAGCUGUGUUGAUGUACCCAAGUUCACGGUCGUCAUCGGCACCAGCGCUGGUGCGGGGACAUACGGCAUGUGCGGUCGAGCCUACGGCCCCCGUCUCAUGUUCACCUGGCCCAACGCAAAAACAUCCGUCAUGGGCGCCGAGCAACUCGCAUCCGUCAUGGAAGCAGUCGGCAAGCAAGUCGAUCCAGAGCUCAAAUCCCGAAUCGAGCACGAGAGCGAAGUAGUCUUCGGUUCAGCAAGACUGUGGGACGACGGGGUAAUCCCUCCCGAGCACACACGGCGCGUACUAGGUCUGGGCCUGCAGAUGGCAUGUGGCGGGCAGAACAAGGGCGUGGAGAAGGAGAGCACCUGGGACUCGAUUAGAGAUGUAGCUUCCAAGGUUGCGAAAGAGCUCGUCGCACAGUAUGCAAGUAUCGACGAUGCAGGCGUGCAUGUUCGAGGUGGCUAUCCCGGUAUUCUGUACCCGCCGUACUACUGGUGGCAGGCUGGCGCUAUGUUUGGUACGCUGUUGGAUUAUUGGCAUUAUACUGGCGAUGAUCAGUAUAAUGGCUUGAUCCGGGAUGGACUGAUACAUCAGUUUGGCGAGCACAAUGAUCUGAUGCCAGCCAAUCAGUCCAAGAAUGAGGGCAACGACGACCAGGUCUUCUGGGCUUUCUCCAUGAUCCAGGCUGCAGAGUACAAGUUCCCCGACCCGCCAUCCGACAAGCCUGGCUGGUUGGCUAUGACUCAAUCUGUCUUCAACCAGUUCGUCACGCGCUACAGCAAGGAGGUAGAAGACGAUGUUUGCGGCGGCGGAAUGCGCUGGCAGAUCUUCCAGUGGCUCAACGGUUGGAAGUACAAAAACACGGCUUCUAACGGAGGGUUGUUCCACCUUGGUGCGAGACUGGCCAUGUACACGAGGAACGACACAUACGCACAGUGGGCGGAGAAGGCUUUCGAUUGGAUGUCGGCAAGUCCACUGUUGCCGGGCGAUGGACAGGUGUAUGAUGGAACGAGCAUCAAGACCGACCCGCCCUGCAAAGACGCAGACACAACACAAUGGACGUACAACUACGGCAUCAUGAUUGCAGGAGCUGCUUAUAUGUACAACUACACCAACGGUGCCGACAAAUGGCGCAACGCCCUCGACGGCUUCAUCAACAAAACAGACCGCUUCUAUCCCGAUGCAUAUAACAAAGUUAUGACGGAACCCUGCGAAGCACGCGCAAUCUGCAACGCCGACCAGGAAUCUUUCAAAGCCUAUCUCGCCCGUUGGCUCGCCGUCGCCAUCCAAAUGGCCCCUUACACGCGCGCUCAGAUCCUGCCCGUGCUCCAGCACUCCGCCGUAGCCGCAGCGCAAACCUGCGCCGGGCCCUCAAACUACGGCGCGGGCAACUACGCAUGCGGCAUGAGGUGGUCGUUCACCGGCUGGGACGGAUUCCAGGGCGUGGGACCGCAAAUGAGCGCAUUGAACAUCAUCAGUGCGCUGUUGGUCGACGAGGCCGAGACGCCAUACACGAGUGUUUCCGGGGGAACAAGUCAAGGCGAUCCGAGCCUGGGGUCGGGAACUACAGAGGCCCUGCCCACGCAGUUCGAGGCCGUUACGACGGCGGAUAAGGCGGGCGCGUGGAUCUUGACGAUUGUGUGCAUUGCGAUGGUGGUGGGGGGUGGGUGGUGGUUGAUCGUUUGA